CACAUCAGAUUGCUCUGGCUGUUCCUCAGCAUGGAGCCCUAACUCCCUGACCUGUGAGGAUCUGGCGCCGCACCUUUUCCCUCCGUCGUCACAGGAGCAGCCUCGCCAGGCGCCGUCUCAGUGUCUUGGUCGCCUGCAGCGCCUCGCGGGACCUCAACAUGUUUUCGGCCCUGAAGAAGUUGGUGGGCUCGGAGCCGGGCCAGCUGCGGGAGAAAGGCAUCCCUGCGGGGCUGCAGUCCAUGAACCAAAGCUUGCAGAGGCGCUUCGCCAAAGGGGUGCAGUAUAACAUGAAAAUAGUCAUCCGAGGAGACAGAAAUACUGGGAAGAGUACCUUAUGGCAUCGACUGCAGGGGAAGAAGUUUCUGGAGGAGUACAUUCCCACUCAGGAGAUCCAGGUCACAAGUAUUCACUGGAAUUACAAAACUACCGACGAUGUGGUGAAGGUGGAGGUGUGGGACGUGGUGGACAAAGGCCAAAAAUACCCUCUUCCUGAAGGUGUAGGCAAAGGCAAACGGCGCGGGGACAAUUUGAAGCUGGAGAAUGAGCCACAAGAGUCAGACGAGGUGGCGCUGGAUGCAGAGUUCCUGGACGUGUACAAGAACUGCAAUGGCGUCAUCAUGAUGUUUGACAUAACUAAACAGUGGACUUUCAAUUACAUCCUGAGGGAGCUGCCCAAGGUACCCACCCACGUGCCAGUGUGUGUUCUGGGAAACCACAGGGACAUGGGGGAACAUCGGGUCAUUCUCCCCGACGACAUACGAGACUUCAUCGCAGGACUCAACAGACCGAUGGGAUCAUCCUACAUCCACUACGCAGAGUCCUCUAUGAAGAAUGGAUUUGGCUUGAAGUAUCUGCACAGGUUUUUCAACAUCCCCUUCCUACAGCUCCAGAGAGAAACCCUCCUGAGGCAACUGGAGACCAACCAGCUGGACAUGGACGCCACCCUGGAGGAGCUCACUGUCCAGCAGGAGACCGAGGACCAGAACUAUGAGAUUUUCCUGGAGAACUUGGAGUCUCGUAGUAAGGGCCACGCUUCUCCCGGUCCAGCUAACGGCCAGAGUCCCUCCUCCGGCUCCCAGUCUCCCAUCGUCCCUCCCAGCGGUGCUUCCACAGGCAGCUCCAGCCCCAGCACCCCACAGCCUCCAGCGCCCUCCCAGACGCUCCCCCAGUCUCCGUCUGUGUCUGCGUCCGCUUCCUCCCCCGCUCCCCCCCCAGCAGCGGUCAGCGGGGCAGCCACCCCCACCGCUGAGAUCAAACCUCCACCCCAGUCGCCUGAACACCAGCAGUCGCCCGCUGCACCCGGGGGCUCGGCGCCGCAGAAACGCAGCUUCAUCUCCCGCUGGUUUGGGUCGUCGGCUACCGAGGCUCCUGCUUCUGCACCGGAGGACCCUCCUGCACCCGCGUGUCCUGCUAAGGUUCAGAGCGUGGAUGACUUUGUGCCAGAUGAAGGACUGGACAGGAGUUUCCUGGAAGACAGCGUGCCUCCAAAGAGCAAGGUGGCCCAGCCUGCCCCAGCCGCAGCCGUGGACAGCGACAGCGACGGAGAGAAGAAAGGAAACCCCAUGGUGUCUGGUUUCCAAGAUGAGCUGGAUCCCGACGACACGGAGCCCAGUCUUCCCCAGAUGAAGGCUCUGCCCCGCUGCAAAGAUAUCUCUCUGACCAGCGAUGAAGAGGAGGAGGUGGAGCAGCUUGCCCCCACAGUCACCCAGGACCAGGACUUGGACAGUGAACCCGAUCUGAAAGCGCCUGUUAUUCAGCUCACAAAACCAAAAGUGACUUCUCAAGCUGCGGAGCUCAAAGUCCAGAGCACAGCGCCCAUCUCCCUGACUUUAACCCCAGCAGCAGAGCCGCCUGCUCGACAGCAAGGCAGGAAAAAGGGAGGCACCCCCAGAGCUGAGGACUCUGAUACAGACCUGGAGGCGCCCGUGGCCCAGCAGAUGCUCUCUUUUGUCAUGGAUGACCCUGACUUUGAGUCUGAAGCAUCAGAUACCCCCAAGAUUUCAAAGGACACCUUUCCUGUCAGAGACGAGCUUCUGUCCGACCUCUCUGAUGAGGACUUGCAUUUAAGUAAGGUGCCGGUUCCCCUGAAGCCCACUGUGAUUUCCUUCAAACCCAAGGAUGACGCUGACCUCUUUGGCCUCGGAUUCCAAGAAGAGCCUCAAGCAGCAAAGGACAGCAGUGAAGACCCGGAAGAAAAAGAAACCAAGCAAUCCAGAGAAAAGAAGAAAAAGAAGAAGAAAAGCAAGGAGGAGGACGAGAAGAGCAAGAAGAAACACAAACACAAGAAAAAGGAAAAAGAUGAGGUUGCAGCAGGAGACGACAAGGAGAAAAAGAAGAAGAAAUCUCGACCCAAGAAAACAGAAGUGGACGAACUGGAGGACUUCCUGGGUGGAGGUGCUGGCUCGAUCAAAAGAGACGAUGGAGACUAUGAAGAGCUAUAAAAGUAACAUACAGAAGUUCGAUUGAGGUGUAUGGUCAGUUAAAAAAAAAGAAGCAAAACAAAAAGGUCAACUUGUGUAUGCAUUAAACAGCGUUACAAGCCAUACCCUACACUCAAAACCACCAACUACAGUCGGCUCUGGCAACAGAGGAUUCUGCUUCCUGGGUGCUCCCUCUGAUUCUUCCCCCCAUUCUUACUCCUGCUCUCAUUUCCACUCCAACCAAUAAGAAAAGCCCAGGAGGACUCAGAUGUACUGUACUGAACCUUAAAAUGAACUGUUUGUACUUUGACCCGA